UCCAGCACAUACUUUGUGUGUUGUAUUCCGGCGGGCGGGCGGGCGAGCUCGGGCGGAGAGAACUCCGAGGCCGGCUCGCCCCAGGCCGCGGCCAUGGGAGGAGUAGAGGCUGCCGGGGGAGACCCGCUGCUCGGGGUGGUUUUGAAAUAGCGAGGAAGUUGAUCUGGGCUGCCGACCAAGGAGCGAGAGGGAGAGAGGAAAGGGGGAGCCGGGAGGAGCCAGGAUCAUGCACUCGGCUCGUUGAAGCCCAGCAGGCCAGACGGGGAUGCCCGCGAGGAGAGGCGACCCCGGUGCAGAGCGCUAAGGGGGGGAAGUGUCGGCAGGGAGGGGGCUGUGGGGCCUUUCCCAUCCAGGGGCUGACCAGCCUCCCUUCCCGUGCGUUCCUCGCCCCAGAACCCGCUUGCUUGGACUCAGCAGCAGCUCCCGGCCCCUCCGUGCCCCUGCGAGAGGACCAUGAAAGAAGAAGACCUCAUUGGAGAGGACGACGACAUGCCAUCCUUCAGAUACAGACCAGACGGUGAGGGCGCCGAUCGGCCUGGGAAGUUCAGUGCACGAGAAGACCCAUCAGGCAGGACACGGACCAACUGCAGCCGAUGCCAGAAGAACCUGUCGCUCCAGACCUCCGUCAAAGGGCUGUACGUCUUCUGCGUCUUGCUGAUCAUCGCCGUGAUGGUGCUGGCGUCCCUGGUCUUUAAGAAAGUUAAUUCCAUAGCUGAUGACAUCAGCUCGGCCCAGACUUACUACGAGAAGAAGAUCGUGUCUGUCCAGGAGAACCUCCAGGAGCUCGAUCAGAAAUCCUCGGGGAACUGCUCCUUCUGCCAUGACACAGGGCAGCUGGGGCAGGAGAUAAGCAAGUUGCAGGAAGAGCUGGAGGAGAUUCAGAAGAUGCUCUUGGUGCAGGAGAUCCUGCUGGACCGGACCUCGCAGGGGUACCAGCAGCUGUCAUCCACCAGCAGCAAGAUCACCAGUGAGAUGGACGGCUGCUCGUUCUCCAUCCGGCAAGUCAACCAGACCUUGGGGCAUUUCCUAGCCCAGGUGAGAGGCUGGCAGGCGGCCACCUCGGCGCUGGAUGACUCCCUGAAGGGGCUGCUGCAGGAGCGGUAUGACGUCAAGGCAGUGGUGGAGCAGAUGAACUUCACGGUGGGGCAGACCUCGGAGUGGAUCCACGCCAUCCAGCGGAAGACGGACGAGGAGACGCUGACACUGCAGAAGAUGGUGACCGAGUGGCAGAACUACACCCGGCUCUUUGGAAGCCUGAGGGCCACCUCCUCCAAGACCAGCGAGCUGGUCAAGAGCAUCCAAGCCAGCAUGAGCCUGGCCUCGCAGAGGAUCAGCCAGAACUCGGAAGGCAUGCAUGACCUGGUGCUGCAGGUGAUGGGGCUCCAGCUGCAGCUGGAUAAUAUCUCCUCCUUCCUGGACGACCACGAGGAGAACAUGCACGACCUGCAGUACCACACCAGGUACACGCAGAACCGGACGGCGGAGCAGUUCGAGACCCUGGAGGGGCGCAUGACCUCGCACGAGAUCGAGAUCAGCACCAUCUUCACCAACAUCAACGCCACGGACAGCCACGUGCACAGCAUGCUCAAGUACCUGGACGACGUGCGGCUCUCCUGCACCUUGGGCUUCCACUCCCACGCCGAGGAGCUGUAUUACCUGAACAAGUCUGUCAGCCUUAUGCUGGGCACCACGGACCUGCUGCGGGAGCGGUUCAGCCUGCUCAGCGCCCGGCUGGACUUCGACAUCCGGAACCUGUCCAUGAUCAUGGAGGAAAUGAAAGUGGUGGACGUGCGGCACGGGGAGAUCCUGCGCAACGUCACCGUCGUACGAGGUGUGCCUGGCCUCCCUGGACCCAGAGGACUCAAAGGCGACGUGGGAGUGAAGGGGCCCGCAGGAAGCAAGGGGGAGAAGGGCGAUGGCGGGGGCCUGGGUUCUCCCGGCCCGCAGGGCUCCAGAGGACCUCCAGGCAUCCCAGGCCCUCAAGGCGAGAGGGGACCUAUUGGCGUGAAAGGCGUGCCGGGCUUUAAAGGCGCUAAGGGCAGCUUUGGGCAAGCUGGCCUCAAAGGACAGAUGGGCCUGAAAGGCGACACGGGACCUCAGGGGCCGGAGGGAGCUCCGGGGCCGGUGGGGCCAGCAGGGCCGCAAGGGAAGCCAGGGAUUCCAGGGAAGCCAGGGUCACCAGGCCAGCUUGGCCCCCUGGGUCCGAAGGGAGACCCCGGCGUGCGUGGGCCCCCAGGCUUACCGGGGCCACCGGGUGUCUAAGCCAGCCCCACCCGCAGCCCUGCCCUACGGGGGAUGGGGAGGGGUGGUCUCUGCAGUGCUGAGGGGUGGCAGCUGGCCAGAGGCGCAUCCCAGGGCCCGUCACCAGCAUCCCCCUGGCCCUGCGGGAGAUUCAGCCGGCGAUCCCAGCAGGGAGCCCGACCCCCCGCAUCCCGCCCGGGACGUCCUGCCUGAGCAGAGCGGCUGGGAUCCCCGCUCACCUGCACAGCGCCCCCAGCAGGCAGCCCCCCUUGUUCGUUCACACGCCCUCAGAGACAGCCGAGGGCAGCACGGCCCCCUGGAUGGGAAACCAGCGCUGUCCAUGUCCUGCCCUUCCCUUUCCAAGAGCCUGCUUGUACCUGUUUGACCCAGACACGCGGGGCUGUUUGAAAGGCAAAGAGCUAAAUCUCCAUGUGUCAAUGGGAGUGUGUGUGUGAGAGAGACUGUGCUAGGCCUUGCCAAGAUCGCCCUGGGCUUUGCCCUGCAGCUGGGGAGCUGGGCCCAAGCAGGCUUCCCACGUCUCUCGUUCGCUGGCAGAGCCUGGGCGUUUUGCUGCCUAGCACAGACCAACGUGCCUCCGGUCGCUUCAUUGCCUUGGUUUCCAUCAUCCUCUGCUCCAGCCCUCGCUCACUGCAAGUGGGUCUGGGCACCACGCUCUCAUGCCACACCUGGUCGGGGCUGUCUCUGGCAUCCUACAGUUCUGUAUUCGGACACGUUGAUUCUCCCUCCUGACCCACUUGGCAGCCAGUUGGGCUUGGUCCAGGCAGCCUCAGCUCUUGGUACCCGUUCAGCUCCUGGUGGGCAGAGGCUAUCCAUCACCAUGGGGUCAAUGACUAAUGGAGCAUGGGGGCACCAGGAAUGGGGGAGGGACUUUAUGUGGCUGCAACAGCUGGGGAAGGAAGGGGAGGCCUAGAGAAGUGGGGAGAGGCACCACGUGGGUUUUGGGGAGCACCCUGGGUGGUGGGGGAGGCUGAGCUGUGGGACCAGGGUCAUGAGCCAAAUGGAAGAGGAAGUGUUUGGGGGGAGACGGAGCUGGGGAGCAGUCUGGCUGGGGGGCCUAGAGGUGAAGCAGGCUGGGGGAGGUCUCGGGCUGUCUUGGGAGCUGGGAGGGAUUGGGAAGAGGAGCGGUGAAGAGGCUGGGGAGACUCUGGAUCUGAGCCCCUGACCGGCAAGCGGCCCCAGCGCCGCACCAGAAUGAUGGGCCCAGGCCCUGCCUCUGUUCAGCCACGGGGCCCACGGUCUGCGGCAGGCAUAAAACUGCGGGCAAAAUGGCCUUCCAGAGGCCCGUGUGAACACAACCCUCGGCCUCGCUGUCUGAGCCGGCCCUGUCCCAGAACAGCCACUGUGUUACGGUUCAGACCCUGCCUCUCAUGCUCCAAGCCCGGGCUGGCGCGGGCAUCUACCUGCAGGACCAUCCCCACCCCAUCCCUCGGCCUGCCGCAACCCCCCAAACCCACCCAAAACACCAGCACUCUGGGGAGUGCCCAGUCUGGCUGUCACCCCUGUGCCAGGCCCGAGGGAACCAGUCCAUAGACAAAGUCCCCUAUCCUUGGCUCUGGGCACAGGCAGCAGUGGACUGGGAGGGGGUCUCGUCCCAUUCCUGCUGAGCAGUGAUGGUGCCUUACGCGAUGAGACAUGGCGCAGGCUGGUGUGAUGUUGCGUGCGUGCUACAUGGUGCAGCUGGUUUGCGUCAUCUCUCUCCUGCCCUUUUCACCCCGGUAUCUACCCACGAUAUAAUGGCAAAUGUAUUCCUGGAUCAAUAAAGAUACGACUGU